AUGGCUGCAGCUUGGAUCGAGAACCCAGGUCCUCGUGCACUUUUACACAUAAUCAUUCAGCCAACGUACACGAUGAGGUUCACGUCAACGACGUGCGGCCUCGGUGCCCUUCUCACCCUUCUCGUUCCAGCUCUAGCGGACGAAUCUGCGCGCAUCAUCACUUUCCUCACCCGAAAGGCUGAAAUGACGGAGCAAGAGUUCCACGAUCACUGGACGAACACGCAUGGCCCCCUCGUCGUGCCAUGGGCUCUCCAGUACGGCGUCAAUCGGUACACUCAGUACCACACCACCGAGGCAAAUCGCACGACCCUUCAGAAAGCUCUAAGGCUGCCGGACGAAUACCUCUUACAAUACGACGGAGCAGCCGACUUCACCGUAUCGAGCAUCGAGCAGUUCUUGUCCGCUUAUGCGGACCCUUACUACAAACAGGUCAUUGAGCCCGACGAGAAGUCAUUGUUUGCUCAUAGUGGAGAUGUGAUGGUAGUUCGGGGCUCGCUGGGAUGGACUACAGACAUUGUUGAAAAUGGCGGAGCUGUGAUGGAUGUCGCGGGUGGUUGCAGCAAGUGGCGAGAAAUUCAUGGCAUCGUGAAUGUUUUCUCUCUCAGCCAAAAAGCCUGGUUAUCGAGGCUAGCUCGUUGGGACAUCACCGAGCAAUUAGGAUGUCUCCUAGACUUCGUUCGCAAAGAGUAUCCUGAUGAGUGGACGGGUACUUCACAUAGAGCUGAGAGCCGGCCCGGUGUUGGUACUUCUACAUAG